CACUUAUGGAUCAACCCACAAGCCUACAUGAAAACCCACCACCAACAUUGCCGCCACUCGAUGACCACUCCACCGUAGACACGUCUAGUCCUUUCCGCUCGGUCAAAGAAGUCGUGGCUAUGUUUGGCGAACGCUUUCUAGCAACGAAAAUCUACACACCAUCCCCAAAACCCUCUUUCACCCUACCAAUACAAGAAAGUACCCCAAUAUGGAAAUACACACCAAAUUCUAAUAAAAAUUUAUGGAAAUCACCCAAAAAUGAAUUAGACUCUUCUCCUGUGGUCAUGAACAUCCUCAAAAAACUUGAAUUGGAGCUUGAAGAAACCAAGAGACAGUUAAACAUGCUCAAGGAAAGAGAGACAGAGACCGAGUUGUCUUUGGCUUCUUUGAAUGCUGAACUUCACAAGAACAUGUCAAAGAUAGCGAAAGCCGAAGCUGAGGUGGCUGGGAAAGCCGCAACAAUGAGAUCAUCCAUGACUUUGGCUCAAGUUCUAAGUGGUAGUAAUGCUGAUGAUGAUGAUGAUGAUCAGGCUAUUGAAAAAGGUAAAGAGAAAAGGUACCUGAAUGAAAAGAAAAUGUUGAAGAAAAAGCCAGUGAUUCCACUGUUGACAGAUCUAUUUUCAAAGAAGAAUGAGAAGGCUGAGAACUCAAAGCUGAGUCCAUUGUACGCAUCUUCUCUAAUGUACUAG